GGUUAGCUCACAUUGUACUACACUGGCACAUUUCUUGGGACAACCUCAUUGGUUUGAUUUGGAGUUGGAGUCCCAGUCACCAAAAACUAAGGAAGAAGUUAUGGAUGCUAUGACUCUUUUACAUCAAAAUCCGUCUCUGCCACCAAAUGCUCAUAAAAGGAAGGCUAAUCGUCAUAAUACAAUGCAUGUUCAAUCUGAUAGAUUAACUUUAGGCGAUGAAGCAAAAAUUGUUUAUUUGCAGGAGAUGGCUUCGUUGCCCAGCAAAACGCCCGUCUCCGUGUUGCAAGAACUGCUCAGCAGGAGAGGAAUCACUCCCAAGUACGAGCUAGUGCAGAUCGAGGGCGCCAUCCACGAACCAAUUUUCAGAUACCGCGUGUUCUUAAGCGCCGAGCUGGUGGCCACCGGCACCGGAAGAUCCAAAAAGGACGCUAAACAUGCGGCAGCCAAGAAUUUGUUGGAUCUGUUGGUCGGAAAACUUAGUCCCGAACAGGCCAACCAGACCAAUGGUACUCCCGGCGCAAACGAUAUUACUGCUCAAGUGGUGUCCCCCUAUGACGACAAAGUGAUGGGCAAUCCGAUUGGCUGGCUCCAAGAGAUGUGCAUGUCGCGCAGGUGGCCACCACCAUCCUACGAGAUGGAACACGAGGAAGGUUUGCCGCACGAAAGGCAGUUCACAAUUGCUUGCCAAGUGUUGAAGUUCCGCGAAGUGGGAACCGGAAAAUCGAAGAAACUAGCUAAAAGGAUGGCCGCGCACAAAAUGUGGCAGGCGUUGCAAGAUCUACAACUGGAGAAUGCGGUGUUGCCUGAAGGCGAAGAAGAUGAUUUGUCUAAAAUUACUAACAUCGAGGGAAGGUACACUUUGUUGAAAGAUAGUAAAAUUAAAAAAAUGAGCAACGCUACCACACAAAAAGUGGCACAGUUCCAUAAAGGAUUAAAACAAUCCAAUGGAAUUAAAUUAAAUGAAUUGCAGAAAAUCCCUCUAAAUAUAAAAGACAUAAACUUUGUGGAAUUGUUGAGUGAGAUAGCCCAAGAGCAGUCGUUUGAAGUGACUUAUGUCGAUAUUGAAGAGAAGUCGUUUUCCGGCCGUUGUCAGUGCCUUGUGCAGCUAUCAGUAUUACCUGUAGCCGUUUGCUACGGCACUGGUGCGACUCCGAAAGAGGCCCAAGCUCGUGCUGCUCAUAAUGCAUUGGAGUACUUGAAAAUUAUGACUAAAAAAUGAACUGAACGAGAAGAAACCACCAUGUAAUUAAAACAAAAAUCCUCGUUAUUUUGUGUAAUAAAUUCAGCCACCCAAAAAUAUGACGUUUGUCGCUGGUGCGGUGCAAACGUCAUUUGGGGCUAGUGCUUUUCUUCUCGAAAUCAGUCACUUUUUUGCCACUAAUUUUUUUAUACAAAUUAUUUUUAAUAAGGACUAUGGGACAUUUUUAAACAAUAUAUAUCAAGAAUAAAUCAUUUUGUAUGUUGCAAAAACAUAUUAUUAAGAAAAAUAUUGAUAUUUUUCAAUAAUUAUUCCUAAGUGAACACAUUUUAAAGAUUAGCAAAAAAAAUAUCUUGACUUUUUAUUUUUUUGUUGGUAUUUUUUUACCUAUUUUACAAUGAGUUUUAAUUAUUUUAAAGAUGCUGAUAUUGAUGUGUAUUAUUUAAAAAUGACCCAAAAUGGAAUGAGAAGAAUAGUAUUAAUAAAUUAAUUUACAAGCUAUACUUUGCAUAGAAUUAGUGGUUUUUUUCGAGGAUAUUUUACAUAUUAAAUGUGUUUUAUUUUAUUAGUUGUAUCUAUAAUAUGCACUUAGUAAAUAUUGAAUCAGAUGAUAAAUUGCAAAAUCAUUGAAUCCAGUGAUUUAUCAGCUCGGUUUUUAGGAAUAUUUAAAUGGUGUUUAUUAUGUAAUAUUAAUUAAUAAUAAUUAGACUAGCUUUAGUAAUCUAUAUAGGCACUAGUGUAAUAUGUAACUUCGUAAAUUCAUACGACAAUGUACACAAAUUUGUACAUUGUACAGGGUGUUCAUUAAGAUGCGCCAUUUUCUCGAACUCGCUGUAUAUCUUGGAUGUAAUAUUUACCUAUAUGAUAGUGCCCCAUUACGAUAUGUAUAAUCGUUAUAUUGUGAAAAGGGAGCAUUUAUUUAAUGCAAAGUAUAGAGGUUGUACCCAUUGUUUUCUCAUAAUUAACAUAUAUGUCAAUAGAGGUGUCAUUAUUACCUAGAUAAUUUAUCCAAGCAUGUCAGUGUAUCUAAUGGUAUUUAGUUUAUAAUAUAGUUAUUUAGUUAUGAUUCAUAUUGAUGUGUAUGCUAAUUAAUAAAUAUACCUAUAAUAUGGC